UGGAAGUGGGUUAGUUGGGUGUGGAGCGACGCACCGGCCACACGUGUUGCUUCCUCUCCUCCGCUCCCACAACAAGUCCCUCACCGCCUCACGUGGCUCUUGGACUCCUCACCCCGGCCAGCUGAGAAGUUUCUCCUCUCCUCCCUCAGACUCCCACCUGUGCCUUCUCCCUGCAUAGAGGGACUGGUUACCUCGUGCUGCGCCUUUUAACCACCAACUCGGCCCUCUCUCCUGGGUGCUUGUGGAGUUCAUUUUUUUUAUUUAAAGGUGAUGGGCUUCAAUCGUUGACGCGAGGUCGACGCGGUGUUUGUGUGAGCUUGAAGGUACUUUGUGAGGUGUGUGCUCGGUAGGUGGUGUUCCCUCAGGAGGUAUAGUUCCCCCUCGUUGUGAGAGGAACCCCACGAGCCAAAGGAGGUGGUUAAGAAUCCCCCCCCCCCACUUCCACCUCCUCCUCCUUCGACUAAAACGACCUGCAAUCGACGAGGACGUCCCACGCUGACCCAUAGAAAGUUGGCAGGAGAAAUUAAGGACACGACCACUACACAGCCCCUCCCCUUCCUCAUUACUCUCCUCUCCUCAUCUCUCUCUAUCCUUCCUCCUCUUUCCAUCACUCUCGCUUGUCUUUCUGACCCUAUCAUUUGCCUCUCCCGCUAACCCUGGCCAAAAGACGCUGAGUCAGAUACGAAGUAAGCAAACAAAAGGGAAAGUGAUGAUGACUGAAACUGGACAGAGUGACUAAGGUGAAAAAGGAGAAGAAACAUAAAGUCCCCACCACCUGUUGUCUCCACCGCCCCCCCUUCCCAGAGGACCCCUACCGUCAGCUUACAUGACUCACGAGGCGACCAUCAGCCACUUACCUCUAAGGUCAUCAUCGCAGGGAAUUCCGUGACUAUUUACGGAAAAGAGAAGUGACGACGAAACUGUACCAUCAUCAUUCCCAGUUUCGUGGUCAUUGUCGCACGUUCCGGGGCUACUUGGAUGAUCGAAGCGAAGAUUUAGAAAGAAAAAAAAAAAGGUUCGAAGCAGUGACGGUGUGUGUAUGUGUGUGUGUGUGUGUAUGGGUGUUAAAUAAAUACGUGUCUCAAUUUAAGGACUGAAGGGGGGUAUAUGCAGUGUUGUUGUUUUAUUAAGUGAGUGAACGAGACGUAACUGAACCUACCAAGCACGCGUCAGGCACUGUGAAAACUUGCCUCUCUGAUCGCGCCAAAUCUUAGAGAAACCAAAACAAAACUAAAAGUUCAGUUCAGAUAAAUGAACAACUAAACCAAUAUUUAAACUAUAACUUCCUACUCAGUGAAAGGAAGAAAAUCUAUCAAGAAAUUCCCCAGCUUAAGUGAUUCCUAAACUCUGUCUCCUCUCUCAAACAUUCAACAGAAAAUCUACAUCAAGGUGAAAAUUUUGUUGUCUUGGAGGCGGUGGUGAACGCGGGAAACCCUGGCACUAGGUGACCCGCCUGACCAUACCGGUUCUUUCCUACCACAGUAAAGUCAUACACCCUCGCAACAGGAAGCGGAGGCGAGUGUGGAAACCUGAUCUACUCUGCCGUGCCCUGAGGUGGAGGGAGGAGGGCCAGUGGACACGUACCUCAGCUGGUGAUUGAUUAAGUUUUUUUUUUUUAGGGGAGGUCGUGUGUUAAAAGUGAACAGUGUUUACAGUUACCGGGAGCACCAUUCUAAUUUAAUGAGUAACAAUUAUAUAACAGCCUCCACCUUUCUCGUGUUUCUUGGUGUUUGUUGAGGACUCUUAUAAACGUUCUUGACAAACAUUUUAACAAUAGUGCCUUUAAAGACUAAAUCGGUGGAGUGUUACAAACGUUUAUUUAAAGCGAGAGUGUUACCAAAAUCCCUUGAUAACAUAACAUCUGUAAGUUUAUCUUCCUGACUCGUGUGUGUGAGAAGAAUCUGCGUCAUAAUUAUCAUAAUACACAGAACAGAAAAACACAUCGAUUGAUUUCCUCUCCUCCGACAAUCAAUACUCUUGUGUAGUAUUGAAGAACGUCGAGAAGAAACUAAAGUAACGAGGAUGAGUGAACAGAUGUGAUACCUUGUGAAUGUUUUAGUAAUGGUAAUGUGAUAAAUCAGACGAGUAAAACACGAUCGACACGCCCCGUUGUUCACACCAACGGGACCUGACAGUGUCGAACUAGAGAGAAGGAAGAAAUAAAUAAAUAUAAAGGAGUGGCAAGUGACCUCUACUGACCUGAGACAAAGCUACCACAACUACCACAGAGGCUACAGAGCGCUACCACAACUACAACCACCACGGCGCAAACUCUUGUUGGAGGUGGGGGAGGCACCUUACUCCAAGUGACCGAUAGUAUCUCCAACACCACCUUCUUCAACGCCACCAUCUCCUCCUUCAACAGUAGUUCAUCCUCUAACACUUCUUCUUCCUCCUCCUCCUCUUCCUCCCACUCUUCCUUCCCGAGCAGCUACUCCAACAACUCCUUCUUACUCCAGGCUCCAGCUCAUCUCAAUGACACAAUGAUGACAUGGAGCGUGGUGCUGGGGGUCAGCUUCUGGGUGAUGGGUCUGUUGCCCAUGGAAGUAGGUCCUGCCUACCCCAAUAAUGGGUUCGUCCCAGCCAUGCACGGCAGCACCCCAGACUGUGUCAAGGAUCCUCGCGACACCUUCUGCCUACAGCCCAAGAAAUAUCCCAAAGACCGCAUCGUGUACCUGUUGGAGAAUAAGAUGUUUGACGUGGACUCCCUGUUGAUGGACGAGACCAGAGAUUCCUACACCUUUGAGGCCAGAGAUUCACCCACACAGCCACCCAUGAUGUACGACUAUGAGCCACCCCGCCAGACGUACGACCCACCCCGGCAGACCUAUGGGGCCCCACGACCCACCUACGAGCCCCCACGAUCGACGUAUGGUCCCCCUAGACCAGCCGCUGGGUACCUGCCGCCCCGUCAGAACUACUCCACCACCUCCAAGCCCUACGGACCUCCUCCCCCCUCCUCCAAGUACGGCCCUCCACCGCCUCCAGCUCCACCUCCCACACGCUACUACAGCCAGCCUACGCCCACGCACCUCUACGACCCACCCACGCCCACGUACGACAACGAGGGCCCUUACCCGCGCUACCCGAAGUCUCCUGCAGGCAGAGGGUCCUCUUACCCCUCGCGCUACACGCCCCCGCGACCCCCGCCCAAACCGCAGCCCUGGUGGAUGAAAAUCAUGAGGUCCUCACACCGUCGUCAGCGUCGUCAGGCCUCCCCAACGGAUCUCUGCCCCUACGAAUCAGACUUCAUUAUGCCCCGGGCCGCCCUCAACAACAAAGGAGACUGGAUGUUUCUGGUUAACGUCAACGAAGUAUCCACUGAGUACACGCAGCUAGUAGAGAGCAAGAAGUGCCUCACCAACACCUGUUCCGGCACCUGUAACAUUCCCGACGGCUUCAGCGCCAUCUGUCAGCAGCAGUACGUACAAAAGCGACUGAUUGCCCUCGACGGCUCUGGCACCAAGCUCGCCACUGACACCUUCUGGUUCCCCUCCUGCUGCGUCUGCAAGUUGAGGCAGAUAGGAGGCUAAUAUUAGUGUUCGAGUGUUAGUGUUUUACAUUACUGUACAUUGUACAAUGUAGGACUUCGCGCCCUUUCGUGUUUUUGACAGAGUAAAAAUUGUGUUCAGCGCAUUAGAGAGGUUUUACUCAUGACUCGUCAUCACUGUUUUCAGGGGAACGUCCGUCCGUUUGAGAUAACAGAGAUAUCCCUUAUGUUUCAGCCCUGUUUAUAUGUUACAAAUGAAAAAAAGGCUAAAAAAGUUCAAAACUUUACAGAUUACAUAAGUUAUCCAUGGAUCUUCUCUGUAUACUUAGAAAACAGAAAAUGGACACCCUACUAGGAGUCAAAGAAAAUAGAAUUGAUUUUAUGGGUAACUAUAAUAGUGAGUGUUAGCACCCGAAGAGGCUCUGUGAACUGGGUAUUUUGUUGCAGGUACAAUAGCUUUUAGAUGUAUGAAUUUCAAUUUAGAUUGUUGUGAUGAAAUAUUUGUCCUUGUGUCGUAUGUCUCUGAAUAAAUAUAAUCCAGACGCAGAAGAUUUAACGAGAAGUCGUCCCCAAAAUCGACUUGGAAUUAUCUGCAAGAAUCUUCAGCUGGUUUGACAAGAUUCUUUGUUUUCAAGACAAGUUCACUUGAGCGAAGCAGUGUUCCUGAUCUCGCAUUCUGUGUUGAGCCACGUUCAAUAACCUGUGGAUAGACAUAAGCGGUGAGUCCAUUCUUAGUCUUCAUUAUUUAUGUGUUCUUUUAUUCUAGACUUAAUUUAUACGUCAGCUACAGUCUUAUUUUUGUAAUAAUUCUUUAUAAUGUAUGUCUCACUUAGAUCGUGUAAUAGUGUCUCUCUUCCUCAGAUCAAAACACAAUAAUUGUUCCAUCACUUUUGUUACUUUUGAUCCCGAUUUUUUUUUAAUUAUUAAAAAUCAACUAACAAAAUAAAAUUCACAAAAGAGUCAUUCAAA